AUGUUAAUGGGAGCCAGUGAAUUCGACUCAAUACCAUACGAGAUAUCUGCGAACUGCGGAUUCGAUUCCUCCCACUGGGAGAUGCUUGGGAACGGCGAUAUGUGUUCCUUCCCUGUUGAGUUAUUGCAGACAUCACGCCAGAACGGAUUGCACAACCCCGAGAUCCCUCCAAUAGGCUUGGAGGCAUACGUCUCUCCUAUGUCGUUCUCACAGUCUUGUAAAUGCGACGAAGAGGUUUCCGAUAUAGUACGCAGCCUGAGCCGCGCGAAUAUGUCACACGAUAUCAUCCCGAUGCUUCGCACAGGAGUCUCCCUCACAGAGAGACUACUGACCUGUCCUAUGUGCUACGACGUGUCCAAACCGCCUCGAGUAACGGUUCAAAAUGUCCUGCUCAUCGGCCAGCUGAUGUUCGAAAUAACAUCCGGCUACCAGAAGUACCUCCGCUGGCUGAAUAAACACUGUACUGAGAUCGAUAUCAGUAAUGAAACUAGAACGGUCUACCUUGACUCUGGGCUUGGAAUCUCAUCAGAACUGAAUUUACAAAUCAAUGGCGAGAAACUACGAGAUCUAGUCGUGCAUGGCCUUCAGACAGAUACUGAACGGCUUUUGAUGUUGGGGAAACAGUUUGCGCAACGGCAACGAAAUCGCCAUAUGGUCGGCCACGAAGCUUGUCCCAAUUCCGAAGGUCUUUGUCGGAGAAAGGAGGAUGCUACUGAUCAUGAUCCGCUCGAUCUCUGUCCGCAUGAUCCAGUAGCGCGGAAGUUGGUGCCUUGUUUCCGUAUCGUUGAUGAAGUUCGCGGAAUGAUCAAGCAAGUUGCAGAUGCCGCUGUGUGA